UUUCUCUGGGUUGUCCUCUUUGAAGAUCCUCCUCUCAUUGUCAUUUUAACCUGUAUAAAUCCACACCCCUCCCUGCUGUCAUUUUCAUUCUGGCCUUUGUGAAUCACCUGUUCUUCGUGCUGCAGUCUAAUAGCACCACCAGGGAGGCAUUUUCAGGACGGACUGACUCACUCAAGAAAAGCUGUUAAACCUGAUGUGCUGAAAAAUUCCUUCGGGAGCACCUUUGGCAACCAUCUUUGCCUUUAUUAUCUUUACUAGUCUUUUGUGUAGAGACACCAUGUCCAACCAACCCAUCCCAACCCCCAAUGAAGCAGCCUACGUGGCUUUAAUGCGAGGCUUGAGAGAACUGGACCUCCGAGGCCCCUGUAUUCCCAGCGACCUGGUGCUGAUCGGAGACCAUGCCUUCCCUUUGGCAUUGAACAGCCACGGUCAGGCCCUGAUGGCUGCUUCUCUGUAUGGCAAAGGAAGGAUUGUUGUCCUGGGUCACGAGGGCUACCUGACUGCUUUUCCUGCUCUGGUGGAGAACGCUCUGACCUGGCUGAGAGGUGAUGGAUCAGACAACCUCUCUGUAGCGGUGCAUAAAAACGCAGAAGCAGUCUCUAAAAACCUUUCCAGAUCCAGCUUCCAAGCACAAGUGGUGGGGGCCUUUAGUAGCGACCUUAAAGUCGGUGUGUAUGUGACCGACACUCAUAGUGUGGGUUCUGACCCAAAAGACCUGGUGGCAUUCCUGAAAGCAGGAGGAGGAGUCCUGUUAGCGGGCCAAGCCUGGAGCUGGGCUGAGGAGCAUCCUAAGGAGAACUCGCUGCAUCAGUUUAACGGGAACAAGGUGUGCGGGGUUGCAGGGAUCUACUUUUCUGAGCGUCAGGGUAAGGUGGAGAACCUGCCUGUCUACCCCCAGAUCCCAUCCUCCUGGAUGGCUCAAGUCCUUGGCAAAGAUUUUGAGGAUGACCUGGAGUUCUUGCUUCAGAGCGUUUCAGAGUUUAACGUCCGCCAGGGCCUGAUUGCUUCUGAGGUUCUGGUCCAUGGACAACUGGCCUUCCCUAUCGGGACCACAGGUGAUGGACGGGCCUUCCUGGCCGGAGCCUACUACGGCCAGGGCCGAGUCAUUGUGGCUUCACACGAAGGACUUCUGGGACAUGAGGAGAUGGCUCCGUUUUGGCUUAAUGCCAUCCACUGGUUGGAUGAAGGCCGCAGAGGCGUUGUCGGGGGAAACGUGGAUCACGCCCUCAAAAUUCUCAGCAAGUCAGAUCUGAAGUGUGAGAAAACUGGCUUCAGGAAAGACUUGAGCGUGUUUGUGUGUACCGCGUACAGCAGUGACCACAUGGAGGAAAUCCAAAACUUUGUGGCAGAGGGAGGAGGCCUGCUCAUCGCUGGACAUGCCUGGUACUGGGCACAGACGCACCCCGGGAAAAACCCAUUAACCGACUUCUCAGGGAACAAAAUCCUGACCAAAAUGGGCCUGAGCCUGAUGGGAGCAACAAUCGCAGGAGGCACAUACAAGGCUCCUGAUCCCAGGAAGGCCAUUAAAGAUGCCUACCAUUUCCGCCACCAUCUCCACCGCUUUGCCAACCACGUGACGACGGGUGAAGAGCUCAGCAAACACGAGGAGGAAUGCCUUAAAAAGCUGGGCAGCCACUGUGCCACCUACUUGAACAUGAAUGCUCGCGACAGCUGCUGCUACACCCAGGUGCUGUCUGCACUCACAGAAAUCUUAAAGAAGUCAGGCAUGCCGCAGGUGAGUGAAGAAUGUCCUGCUAAGAGUCCCAAAGAUCACCUGCUCCUGAAUAUUGGGGCGCAGGUAUAUAAGGUGUGUCCAGAUCCAGAUGCCCUCCUGCCGUACCUCAUCAAGGAUAACCCGCUGCUGCCAGUUGUUUACAACCAAAGCAUCAAGAUUCAAGUGAACACGGGAGGCGGGGAGGAGUGGAUCAGUACGGGUCUGUACCUCUCUCCUGGUAUGAGGACCUACAUGUCGAUACCAGCAGAGAUUGUCGGCAAGGGCUGGAAGGUUCAAAUAGGCUGCCAAACAGAUCACCUGAAGGGUGACGUGUUGAAGAGAGCUCCCUGUGUCCAUGAACGGUUUCCUGUUACUUCAGAGAUGACGCAGGUGUGGAACCUCUGGGGAGGGCUCAUCUACCUGGUGGCCCCACCCAAAACACAGCUGCACGGGGUGGAGGUCGUGGUGCAGAUGGCAGUACCUGCACCCUAUUACAAAUCUGGUGUGACGACGGCAGAUGAAUGGUCAUUGCUGCGCACAGCUCCUUCGCCCUGGGCAGAGUUGGAGUUUGACAACAUCAUCCUAACGGUACCAUCAGAUGCUGUUCGUAAACUGGAGCGUCCAGAUGAGCUGGCGGCCCUCUGGGAUGACAUGAUGAGGGGAAUUGCUGACCUGGCCGCCAAACCACACAAGUUUCCUCGGAAAGAGCGCUUUGUGGCAGAUGUGCAGAUCUCUCAUGGUUGGAUGCAUGCAGGUUAUCCUAUCAUGGCACACAAGUCCUCUGGAAAUGAGCUGGUCAACUUUAACAAAAUUAGAAAAAAUGGCCUCUGGGGUGCCAUCCAUGAGCUUGGACACAACCAGCAGAGAGGCUGCUGGGAGUUCCCCUCACACACCACAGAGUGUACUUGCAACCUGUGGUCAGUGUACGUGCAUGAGGAGGUCCUGGGUAUCGACAGGGCAAAGGCUCAUCCCAACAUGAGUUUGCAAAAUCGAAACUGUCGAGCAAGGGACUAUGCUAAGGGGGGCAGGAAACUCGGCAACUGGCACAUGUGGGUUGCCCUGGAGACGUAUAUGCAGCUCCAGGAUAAGUUUGGUUGGGAUGCCUAUAAGAAGGUGUUUGCUGCCUACCACAAGAUGAGCAACUUCCCUGGAAAAAAUGAAGGGAAGAUGAACCUGUAUGCGGAGACGUUCUCCCAGGCCGUGGGAAUGAACCUGGCAGCUUUCUUCAAGGCCUGGGGCUGGCCCAUAGAAGCAGCCACGGAGCAGAAGCUCUCUAGCCUUCCUCCCUGGAGCGACCACCCCAUGACCCAGUAUGACUGAACCUCAGGAGGCUGCAGAUUGAAGAGCGCUGUCACGGUUCAGAGUACCGCUUUCUUGGUCUGAUCUGUAUUUAUAGAGGAUUCUAUAUUCAUCAUGUUCUCUCUCUUUUUCUUUUUUGUUUUCAAUGAUGCUUGAUUUUUGCACAUAUAGAUAUUUGACCGUUGCAACAUAACUCCUGCAUUAGGUUUUUACAUAUCAGGAUAUCUUGGUUUUAUCAGGUCUUACAAUUAGGUAACGUCAACAAGAUCAGCAAAAACAUGACACACUCCACCAGUCAAAGGUUUGGACAAACUUCCCAUUCAAAUAAUAAAGAAAUGAUGAAGUGUG